AUGCUCCAACUUCUUCUGCACAACCGCCUUGAGUCGAGCGGGGGCAGUUAUAGUGGGCAAUGCGCUGACCAAGGGCAUUCCAGAUCAGCAUCUCCUUUCUGGAGGGGCCGAGCUUCAGAUGGACGCCGUGACUCUUCUCCAAAAACCCAGACUCGAGAACCUGGAUUGGUCGUCGGGGCCUCAUAUUCUCAUGCGGACAUGUUGAAGUUUGACAACCUCUCUUUAUCUUCGAGUUCAGCACGUCCCAGGACUCCUCCUUCUUCUUCCUCUCAUAAAAACGAUACCCCGCCAUUUCACAGAGGAUCUUCUGGACUAGCUUCUCCUCCAAGAAGAACAUACACAGACUUCUUGUCAACUACAAAUAAUGAUUGGAAUGCCGACGAUGAAGGCGAUGAAGACGACGAGUAUGGCUAUGACAACGACGAUGGGGACGACUUUGGAUUGCCGAGCAUGUCAAGCAUGAAGAGGAAAACGAAGAAGGCUGCGGACCAAAACAAAACGGAUCCUGGAGUAGGGAACCUCCCCCCUUUUGGACACGGGCUACAGGGUGGUUUCGGGGGAUUUGGCACCCGGAGGCUUUCAAAUAGUGCUGACAUUGCCAUUGAACGCCCUGCGCCAAGUUACCCCGUUGCAAAGAAGAGCGAAGGAAAGAUUUUGAGGCCUCAGUAUAAAGAGAUUCUGAGAGAUCCUGCAAAUUCCUUACACCUCAUCCACCAUCCUCCUAUCCCUGUCGAUGCUUCUCCCAAACAAGCAGAUAUCCACUCGGCACGGAUCACGAGAAUAAAUAAGUUUAAAAAGAUAUUGCAAGCCACCUCGAUAAAUCUUACGGAUCUGAGAGCAGCUGCAUGGUCUGGGGUCCCCGAAGAAGUUCGGGCAAUGACAUGGCAACUAUUACUUGGAUAUCUCCCAACAAGUAGCGAACGCCGGGUUGGAACAUUGGAACGGAAAAGAAAAGAGUACCUCGAUGGAGUCCGGCAAGCGUUUGAGAGAGGUGGAAGUAGUUCCGCUUCGACAGGUAAGGCGCGGGGACUGGAUGAAGGGAUCUGGCAUCAAAUCAGCAUUGACGUCCCACGAACGAAUCCACACUUGGAGCUUUACGGGUACGAGGCUACCCAACGAUCUUUAGAAAGGAUUUUGUACGUCUGGGCUGUACGGCAUCCAGCGAGUGGAUACGUCCAAGGUAUCAAUGACCUAGUGACGCCGUUCUGGCAGGUUUUCCUCGCCAGUUAUAUUACAGACUCAGAUGUUGAAAGUGGCAUGGAUCCUGGGCAACUUCCUAAACCCGUGUUGGAUGCUGUUGAAGCAGAUUCAUUCUGGUGUUUAACGAAAUUAUUAGAUGGCAUUCAGGACAACUAUAUCACUGCCCAACCUGGAAUUCAGCGGCAAGUGGCAGCGCUCCACGAUCUGACAGCUAGGAUAGACGAGCCUUUAGCGAAACACUUAGAACGGGAACAGGUUGAAUUUAUCCAAUUCAGCUUCCGGUGGAUGAAUUGCCUCUUGAUGCGGGAAAUCAGUGUUAAGAACACAAUCAGGAUGUGGGAUACAUAUCUGGCCGAAGAACAAGGCUUCUCAGAGUUCCACCUCUAUGUCUGUGUGGCCUUCCUCGUCAAAUGGUCCGACAAAUUAAGGAAGAUGGACUUUCAGGAGGUCAUGAUGUUCCUCCAGGCUUUGCCAACAAGGGACUGGACGGAAAAGGACAUCGAGCUGCUUCUUAGCGAAGCCUUUAUAUGGCAGUCGUUAUUCAAAGGUUCUUCGUCGCACCUAAAAGGCGGAUCGAGUAACACACCAUCCUCAAUUGCUGCAGCCUAG